AUGCUUACUCUACCAGCUUUGACCGGUGACAUCAGCGUUUCCAUUAACUCGAAAGCUUCCAAGACUGCCUCUGUGCGUCGCCCUGUGGAACCUGUGGGCCGUUACUUCAUGCACCAUGCCCAAAGGACCUUGAGAAAUCACACCUGGUCCGAAUUUGAGCAGAUUCAAGCCAGCCAGAACGUACAACGCGUUGAAGAGUCUGUCGAUCCAGAUGAGGCUUUGCUAGACGACGAUCUAGCCGAUUUGUCUUUGUUGGAGCAUGACCCUAGAGACUGGAAGACCGCAGACUUGUAUGCGGCGAUGGGUCUGUCUAAACUACGUUACAAGGCCACAGAUGCCCAGAUUAUUAAAGCCCACAGAAAACAGGUGUUGAAGCACCAUCCUGACAAGAAAUCAGCUGCCGGUGGUUUGGAACAAGACGGUUUUUUCAAGAUCAUUCAAAAGGCUUAUGAAACUUUGACAGACUCCAACAAAAGAGCGCAAUACGACUCGUGUGACUACAACGCCGAUGUUGCACCUCCAAAGAAGGGCGCCAACUACGACUUUUUCGAGGCCUGGGGCCCAGUUUUCGAGUCGGAGGGUCGUUUCUCUAAGAAGCAGCCUGUUCCUGGCCUAGGUAGUCCAGAUGCCACCAAAGAAGAAGUUGAGAAGUUCUACAACUUCUGGCAUAGAUUUGACUCCUGGAGAACUUUUGAGUUUGCCGAUGAGGAAGUCCCAGACGAUUCUUCUAACAGAGACCACAAGCGUUACAUUGAGAGAAAAAACAAGGCCGCCAGAGAUAAGAAGAAGACGGCAGACAACUCUCGUCUCGCUAAAUUGAUUGAGAGAGUCAGCGCUGAGGAUCCUCGUAUCAAGCAGUUCAAGGAAGCUGAAAAGAAAGAGAAAGAGAGAAGAAAGUGGGAAAGAGAAGCGGGCUCUCGUGCCGAAGCCGAAGCUAAGGCCAAGGCUGAAGCUGAAGCCAAGGCGAAAGCCGAAGCUGACGCUGCCAACGCUGCCAGCGCCAAGGUCGAUAAAAAGAAGGCCAAGGAGGCUGCCAAGGCUGCCAAGAAGAAGAACAAGAGAGCUGUCCGUACCAGUGCCCAGGGUGCUGACUACUUUGGCGACGCUGACAAGGCUGCGUCAAUUGACGAGCAAGUUGGCCUCAUUGUCGACUCGGUGGAUGACGAACAGCUUGCUUCCUUGGCCGAGAAGGUCAAGGGCGACGCUAAGACCGCUCUAACCGAAACAGCCAAAUCGCUUGUCGAGUCCAAGAAGCUCCCAGCCUCUUUGCUGUCCUACUUUGUCUAA